UUUUAUUUUCUUUUUCAGAAGAUCAAUCAACUUUCUAUUUUUGUUGAACAGGUUCAUCUUUCUUUCAUUUUUUUUUUUGUUUUUUUGUUUCUGAUUUUUUCUGAAUAUUUUUACCAUAUUUUUUGAGCCUUUUUGCUGUUGAAUGCCACUGGUUUCAAAUGUGCUAGCUAGGGCUAGGGUUAGGGUUUUGAAUUUGAUACUACAACACAUGUAUAGAUACAUGUGUGUAGUGAUUUGAAUUUCAUGAUCUCAGAUUUAUGUAGGAUUUGAUUUUCGUUUUUUUGGGAAAUUUUUUUUUAAAAAAAAAAGGUUCCUUAUAGUCGCUGAACUUGUUAUCAGUAAUUUGGUAUCUCUGUUGGUUCGAUUCUGUGUGAGAGAUCAGGAACUCCAAUUGAUCUAACUUAUAUCGAUGUUUGCAUGAGACAUUGAGCUUGGAUUAGCUUUGGAAACUGAUUAGGACACUGUUACAUACAAAAUUUUUAGUCCAACAUGAACUUCAAGAACUUCGGAAAUGAGCCGCCGGAGGAGGGAGGUGCCGGCGGUGGUGGAAGGCCGCUGGGGAUUUUUCCGCUGGCGAGGCAAACAUCCAUCUAUUCAUUGACUUUUGAUGAGUUUCAGAGCACAAUUGGUGGGAGUGGAAAAGAUUUUGGGUCCAUGAACAUGGAUGAAUUGUUGAAGAACAUUUGGAGGACUGAGGAGACCCAAACUGUAGGGACUACCAGUGGUUUGCAAGGGCAAGGGCAAGGGCAGGAAGGGGUUGCCCCUAAUGGGCAUUUGCAGAGACAAGGUUCGUUAACUUUGCCGAGGACGCUGAGUCAGAAGACUGUUGAUGAGGUUUGGAGAGAUUUAGCGAAAGAGUAUGGUGGUGGGAAGGAUGGGAUUGGUGCUGUGAAUUCGAAUCAGCCGCAGAGACAGCCGACUUUGGGAGAGAUGACUCUUGAGGAGUUCUUGGUGAGAGCUGGUGUUGUGAGGGAAGAGCUUCAAUUACCUCACGGAAAUCCCAAUAAUACUGGUUUUUUCGGGGAUUUAUCACGCCCCAAUAACAAUACAGCUCUGGGUUUUGCAUUUCAACAAAUGGGUCAGAACACAGGAUUGAUGGGUAAUAGGAUACCUGAGAGUAAUAAUCAAAAUACCAUACAGUCUGCUAAUUUACCAUUGAAUGUUAAUGGGGUUAGAUCAACACAGCAGCAGCAGCAGCAGCAGCAGCAACAACGAGGACAACAACAGCAACAGCUUUUUCCCAAGCAACCAAAUAUGGGUUAUGCCAAUCCCAUGUCUAUACCAAGUAGUACUCAGAUGAGUAGCCCUGGAUUUAGGGGCGGGAUUGUUGGAAUUGCGGAUUCGACGAUUACUAAUAACUUGGUUCAGAGUGCUGCACUGCAGGGUGGAGGGAUGGGGAUGAUGGGUUUGGGAGCUGGUGCUGUUACUGUUGCAACAGGUUCUCCAGCAUUUUCUUCAGAUGGGCUUGGGAAGAGUAAUGGAGAUACAUCUUCUGUUUCACCGGUUCCUUAUGUGUUUAAUGGAGGUUUACGGGGAAGAAAAUCUAGUCAUGCUGUGGAGAAGGUUGUUGAGAGGAGACAGAGAAGAAUGAUUAAGAACAGAGAAUCAGCUGCAAGAUCACGGGCUCGUAAACAGGCCUAUACGAUGGAGUUGGAAGCAGAAGUUGCAAAACUGAAAGAGGAAAACCAAGAAUUGCGCAAGAAACAGGAGGAAAUAAUGGAAUUGCAGAAAAAUCAGGUCUUGGAGAUGAUGAACAUGCAGCAGGGAGGAAAGAAACGAUGCCUGAGGCGAACACAGACUGGGCCAUGGUGAAGGGCCGUGAUUAUGCUUUGAUCAUUCAAAUUUAAUAAUGUGCAUCGUAUGUGGCUGUACAUAUUUAUGAGAAGCAUAUUUUGUGCUUGUAGAUCAAAAGGAUGAGAGUUGUGUUUUGUUGUAGCUUAAUGCUUUCGCUGUCCAUAGACUUUUUUUGCUUUUUCUAUGAACAUCAUAGUUAGAAGGGAGCAAAACGCAUGUUUUAGGUAAUUUGAUAUAUGUUUCAGAAUACACCCGGUUCGUUAUCAGUAAAAAACACUUGUGUUUCCUGUA